AUGAUCCGGGGACUGAGGGAAAUUGACAGAACGGGGCAUGUCCGCCUCCAGAAGAGGAGGAGGAGGAGGAGGGGAAGCACGGCAGCCCUCUGCCUCGCGAAGUGGGAAGCCCUCUUCCCGAUCCCCCGAGUGCAGGAGGGGAGUACAGACGAGUACCGAAAUGGGCUCAAGCUGCCAGAAGGCAGGUUCCGGCUGGACAUCAGGAAGUCUCCUGGCUGUGAGGGCCCCGUGGCCACGGACCCGUGGCCUCGAGGUGCCACUGGGCAGCACCGCCGACGAGAUGUGGCCGCCGGUGGGCCCGCUGCUGCUCCCGCUGCUCGGGGUGCUGCUGCCCCCCGGACCAGCGCUCCCGUGGGACCGGCCCCGCUGCACGCCCGGCCUGACCCGGAGGCGGCGGAGCUCCGUCGCGAGGGCGAGCAGUUGCGCCAGCAGGUCGCCUCCCUCACGGCUGUCCUGAAGAAGGCUGAGGCCGAGAAGCAGGAGCAGCGCGCCAGGGUGGGGUGCCUCGCCCGCGACGUGGCCGCUCUCACGCGCCAGUACGAGGAGGCGCAGUGCCAGGUGUGGCUGCUGUCCCGGGAGGCCGAGGAGCUGCGCCGGGAGCUGGAGCAGGCCCAGCGGCUCCUGGGGGAAGCGCGGCGGGAGCGGCUGGCCCUGGAGGCCCGGUGGGUGCAGGAGAAGGCGCUGGAGGCUGCCCGGGUGAACCAGGCCAACGAGCAGGAGGAAAAGUAUCGGAGGAAGGUGACCUCCCUGCAGGAGAAGCUGCGGCGGGCGAGGGACACGGUGGGCCUGGGGCGCCUGGCGGGGGUGGAGCGUGCCCCCCGCGACAGCAGCGCCGGCCUGGCUUCCGAGGACGCGGAUCGGCAGGCUGCCGGGGAGGGGCAGGCGGCUUCCAGCCCCAGAAGACAGCACCCCACUCGGAGCAGCGAGAGGGCCCCCGGGCCUACAGGUGACUCUUCUGCUUCCGUGGCACGGGGGGGGGGAGGUGGAGAGCUGCCCCAGGCAGGUGACCCGCCUCUCUCUGUCUCCCCCCCCCCCCCGCAGGAAUGGUGGCCAUGCUGUGACCGGCCGGCCGGCUGGCCUCUGCUGUAG